UUGUCUGUAUCACUUUUGUGUAAAUGAUUUAUUUAAGUGUUUCCUUCUGUAAACAGAGACAGACAACGAAAAUAUUAGCUGUGAUAGAAAAUGGCGUUGGCAAUCAGAAGUUUACCGGAGCAGCUAAGGGACAUCUCUAGAUAUAUAAAUGAUUAUACCAUAAAGCAUAAACUCGAUACCCUUUUUAAAGACGCAGAUGAUCUCAACAAAUGUUUAAGUAAUGCAUUUGUAGGCAAUGGGAAUGAAGUUUUAGAGCAAUGGAAAAUGCUUUCACAGAUGUCUUGUCCAAGCCAAAUUGAGAUUGAAAAAUUAUCCAACACAUUGUCUGCAUUUGAAACAGACCUUCGAUGUUGUACUCAAGGAAUAUUUGAAAUGAAAAAAAGCAUUAACAGUUUCAUUGGAGUCAAUCAAGGUGCAAUAAAGCGUACGGAAGAUGAAAUCAAAUCAGCUAAAAUUGAAGUUGAUGGAUUAGAUAAGAUUAUUAAUAUUACGGAAAAAGAAAUAAUUAAGUACGAGGAAGAAGCUACUAAUGAGGAACGUGAUGCUGUUGACCUGGAAAGUCGAGCAAAUGACCUUCAAAGUAAAUCACAGCAACAUGUAAACAAUGGAUUCCUAUGGGGCAUUGGGUCUGCUCUAGUAGGAUUAGUAUUUGCACCUUUCACAUGUAUGUUUACUUGA